UCCUUGUGUCCUUCGCGUUCAUGCAGGAGAUACUGGUGAUGCUGCCGAUACCCCCGUUCAGCGGCAUGUCGGACAUGCACUCCCGGCUGUUCUACUCGACUGCGCUGUGCUACGAGUGCCUCCUGGUGAGCCUGCUGCACCUGCACGCGUGGCGCCCAGACGAGGUGUGGUACGGCGACGACGGCCUGCCAGGGCACAGGAGCGAGUCUCGCGAGCUGGAGCUGUCGGCGCUGACGCACGGCACGGGCUCCUUCGCGGACGACGGCGGGAUCAAGAUCGGCGCCAGCCUGGGAGACAGCCUGUGACCGCACGGGAAGAGUCCCCCGAUCCCGUCCUCCCGAUCCUGGCCCUCCCCUUCCUCCCUAAAGGCCGACUGUACCCUCACCGCCGCCCCGGUUCUUUGACGCCCGUCGUCGCGCCCUCGCGGGCAAGUGCGGGCGCGUGCAGCAGCUGGCAUCGAGCUCGCCGUUGCUCUCCCGCAGCCUGUCGCUCCUCCUCCUCCUCCUCCUCCUUCGACAUUGUUCGUCGUCAGCUCCCUCCUCCCCGCGCCGUGCCGCGGCUCCUGACCCAACCGCGGCCGCGAGCUGGCCAUGCACGCGCAGCUCGUCAGGCCGCGCGGCCGGGCCGAGCCGGUCAUGCC